AACUGAGUAGUCUGUGCUACUAUUAGCAUUAGCAGUGUAAGCCUAUCGUUGUAAUUGCAAAUUUAUUUUAAUUUAAGUUUUGUAUCUGUGUUGUUAGUCUUAGGAAGUUAAUAAUAAUAUUGAGAUUCGAUAGGUCAAAAAUAACGUGGAACUUGUAAAGUAAGUUAGACUUACUGUUCAGUUUAAAGGUAAAGUGUGGUCAAGUAUUUGACUGUCGUUAUUUUUACAUUUUACUAAGCGCGCAUACUUCUAUCUGAAAUAUGGGAAGAGACAGGAAUGCUUUACUAGAAUGUAGGAAGACAAAAAUGUGUUAUCGAAAUCUACAAAACAGGUAUUCUCGAAGGCGUUCAAGGUCUCGAAGUAUAUCAAGCAGUCCAGAACGAGACAGAAGAAGACUAAGUAGGUCACGUAGUAAGGAACGAUCCCGACGUUCUAGAACCCCUGAUAGGUUUCGACGCUCACGUUCAAGAGAAAGAAGGAGAAGUCGUUCACCUUUUCGACGACACUACAGAAGAUCACGAUCACCCCGACGCCGUCCCAGAUCCAGAGAGCGACGAUCUCGUAGUAGGGAUAAACAAUCAGAUAGUCAUGAUCGAGGCAAAUGUAGUCAUUUGACCAGUAGAGACUCUUUGAAAAAAGGAAUUGAAGUUGAAGAAAAAAAAAGUGAUGAAGCACUGAAAGGAACUUUUGAGAAAUUUGAUCAGUUAGAUAAGGAAGCUCAACAAAAAGAAUUAGAAUUAGAAAUGCAGAGGAGAAGAGAACGAAUAGAGAAGUGGCGUGCAGAGCGUAAAAAGAAAGACAUUGAAGAAGGUGGUGGAAGUCAAACACUUAUUGUAAUGCCCCCAAGUAAAAAAUGGUCCUUAGAGGAUGAUGAAGAUGAGGAACCACCUUCUGAAUCAGGUAACAAAGAAGAUAUUGAAGAGGAAGAGGUUGAUCCACUUGAUGCUUUUAUGCAGGGAAUUCAAGAAGAUGUUCGUCAGAUGCACAACAAAGGUGUGAAAAAAGAUACAGACACUGAGGAAAAACAAAGUAAAGUUACAGUUAUUAUGGGGGUGGCCAAGAAACAGAGUAACACAAGAAAAGGUGAAUUGAUUGAACAAGAUCAAGAUGCCUUAGAGUAUUCUUCAGAAGAAGAAGGGGAAGAUUUGCAAACUGCAAUGUCUGACUUACAAGCAAAUAAAACAAAAAAAAUGGUCACAAUCUCCAGAGAUGAUAUUUCUUACAUGCCAUUCCGUAAGAAUUUUUAUGUUGAGGUUCCAGAACUUGCAAAAAUGACUCAAGAAGAGGUGGAAAUAUAUCGAGCAGAAAUGGAGGGUAUCCAAGUGAGGGGGAAGACUUGCCCUAAACCUAUUAAGACCUGGGCUCACUGUGGUGUCAGCAAGAAAGUUUUAGAAGUACUAAAAAAACAUAACUAUGAAAAACCAACACCAAUUCAAGCACAAGCUAUUCCAGUUAUUAUGUCUGGACGAGAUGUUAUUGGAAUAGCAAAAACUGGAUCUGGCAAAACUGUGGCAUUCCUAUUACCAAUGUUACGUCAUAUUCUUGAUCAGCAUCCAUUAGAAGCUGAAGAUGGACCAAUAGGAAUAGUAAUGACGCCCACCAGAGAACUUGCUAUGCAAAUAACAAAAGAAUGUAAAAAGUUCACAAAAAGUUUGGGACUACGUGCUGUGUGUGUUUAUGGAGGCACAGGUAUCUCGGAACAGAUUGCUGAACUAAAACGAGGUGCUGAGGUUAUAGUUUGUACCCCUGGUCGAAUGAUUGACAUGUUAGCUGCAAAUAGUGGAAGAGUAACUAAUCUGAGACGCUGUACAUAUGUGGUAUUGGAUGAAGCUGAUCGUAUGUUUGACAUGGGAUUUGAGCCUCAGGUCAUGAGAAUAAUUGAUAGUACCCGUCCAGAUCGGCAGACUGUGAUGUUUUCAGCAACAUUUCCACGACAAAUGGAAGCUCUGGCUCGCCGUGUGCUAACUAAACCAGUUGAAGUACAAGUUGGUGGACGUAGUGUUGUUUGUAAAGAUGUUGAACAACACGUUGUGGUUCUUGAAGAUGAAGAGAAGUUUCUAAAACUGUUAGAGUUAUUGGGUGUUUACCAGGAAGAAGGCAGUUGUUUAGUCUUUGUUGACAAACAAGAACAUGCUGAUAUGCUUCUACGUGACCUCAUCAAGGCAUCAUACAAUUGCCAUGCUCUUCAUGGUGGUAUUGACCAGUUUGAUAGGGACUCCACCAUCUGUGAUUUUAAAGCUGGAAAGAUUAGUGUUCUGAUUGCUACAUCUGUGGCUGCAAGAGGAUUGGAUGUCAAACAUUUAAUACUAGUCGUAAACUACGAUUGUCCUAACCACUAUGAAGACUAUGUUCAUAGAUGUGGGCGUACAGGACGGGCAGGAAAGAAAGGCUAUGCUUAUACAUUCAUCACUCCAGAUCAGGGUCGUUAUGCUUGUGAUAUUAUCAGGGCUUUAGAACUGUCUGGUAACCCAGUUCCAGCUAAUGUUCAGGAACUCUGGGAGAUGUAUAAAGUCAAACAGGAAGCAGAAGGAAAGAAAGUAAAAAGCAGUAGUGGGUUCUCAGGUAAAGGGUUCAAAUUUGAUGAGGCAGAAGCACAGUUGGCCAAUGAAAAGAAGAAAUUUCAAAAAGCAGCUUUAGGUCUACAAGAUUCUGAUGAUGAGGAUGCAGAAGCUGAUAUUGACCAAGAAAUUGAAACAUUACUGGCACCAAAGAAAAGAGUGAAGGAAGUCACCAUGGCUCAGCUAGCCCAGAUAACAACAGCUGGUAAUUUAUCAACAAUCACUGGGCCCUCUGCUGGCAGUGCAGAAAAGCUAGAACUGGCUAAACGUCUUGCAUCUCGCAUCAAUCUUCAGAAGAAUUUUGGUUUGGAUCCUAAAGGUGCAACACAGCAAGCUACUGAGGCUGUUCUUAAAGGACAAAUGUCAACUCCGCUCAUAUCUGCCAAAACUCUGGCAGAACAACGAGCUGAAAAACUCCAUGCCAAACUCAAUUACCAGCCUAAAGCUGAAGAUGAAGAUAAGGAUGAGGAGCAGUUAGAAGCAGAAACCUUCAAGAAAUAUGAAGAAGAAUUAGAGAUAAAUGAUUUUCCUCAACAGGCUAGAUGGAAAGUUACAUCAAAGGAAGCUCUAGCACAAAUUAGUGAGUAUUCUGAAGCAGGAAUUACUGUUCGAGGCUCCUACUACCCACCUGGAAAAGAUCCAAAAGAUGGUGACCGCAAACUCUAUCUGGCAAUUGAAAGCACUAAUGAACUUGCAGUGGCUAAAGCUAAGUCUGAAAUUGUACGUCUCAUCAAAGAAGAACUCAUCAAAAUGCAAAACUCUUACCAGCCGAUCAACAAGGGCCGCUACAAAGUUUUAUAGUUUUCAUAAGUGCACCGGAAUACUGUUUUUAUCAUCAUCUUAUUCAGUGAUCUCCACAUGUAAGCAAUUGUAUAAAAUGUAUUACAUUCAAAA